CUCUAGGCAGUCUUCAGUGGUGGGUGGGACAGCACCAGCUGAGGGCAUGCUGGGACGUUGGCCUGAGCGGGAUCCGCGAGGGGUCUGCACUUUGCAGACCUAUGGAAAGGGGGAGAAAAGUUGUUGAAUGUUGGACCGAGGAGAUCUCAGCCGGGCCAGAGGAGGGAGCCCAGGAAGAUUAUCACGGUGUGUGUGAAGGAGGAUGUCCACCUGAAGAAGGCAGAGAAUGCCUGGAAGCCGAGCCUGAAGCGGGAGAACCAAACUGAGGACCCCGAAAAUGUCAAAACCCAGGAGCUGUUCCGCAAGGUACGAAGUAUCUUGAACAAGCUGACUCCCCAGAUGUUCAAUCAGCUUAUGAAGCAAGUCACAGACCUGACGGUAGAUACUGAAGAGAGGCUGAAAGGAGUCAUCGACCUGGUCUUUGAGAAGGCUAUUGAUGAGCCGAGCUUCUCAGUGGCGUAUGCAAACAUGUGCAGGUGUCUCGUGACGCUGAAAGUGCCCAUGGCAGACAAACCCGGGAGCACAGUAAAUUUCCGCAAGUUGCUGUUAAAUCGCUGCCAGAAGGAAUUUGAAAAGGACAAGGCUGACGACGAUGUCUUUGAAAAGAAGCAGAAAGAACUUGAAGCUGCUACCACUCCAGAGGAGAAGACACGGCUCCAUGACGAGCUGGAAGAGGCCAAGGACAAAGCCCGGCGGAGAUCCAUUGGGAAUAUAAAAUUCAUUGGCGAGCUUUUCAAACUGAAAAUGCUGACGGAGGCGAUCAUGCAUGACUGUGUGGUAAAGCUGCUAAAAAACCACGAUGAGGAGUCCCUCGAGUGCCUUUGCCGCUUGCUGACUACCAUUGGCAAGGACCUGGACUUUGAGAAAGCAAAGCCUCGCAUGGACCAGUAUUUUAAUCAGAUGGAGAAGAUUGUGAAAGAGAGGAAAACGUCUUCAAGGAUUCGGUUCAUGCUGCAGGACGUGAUAGACCUACGGCUGUGCAACUGGGUUUCACGGAGAGCAGACCAAGGCCCGAAGACCAUUGAGCAGAUUCAUAAAGAAGCCAAGAUAGAAGAGCAGGAAGAACAAAGGAAGGUCCAACAACUCAUGACCAAAGAGAAGAGGAGACCAGGUGUCCAGCGGGUUGAUGAAGGCGGAUGGAACACUGUGCAGGGGACAAAGAACAGCAGAGUGCUGGACCCUACCAAGUUCCUUAAAAUCACCAAGCCCACAAUAGAUGAGAAGAUUCAGCUUGUGCCUAAAGCCCAGUUGGGCAGCUGGGGAAAGGGCAGCAGUGGUGGAGCAAAGGCAAGCGAGAUGGACUCCCUACGACCAAGUGCCACUAGUUUGAACAGAUUUUCUGCGCUGCAGCCUCCAGUCUCAUCUGUAUCUGCCUCAUCUGCAUCCUCAGAACUAGAUUCUCGCAGGGCCUUAACAAGUCGCGGGAGCACGGGCAGGGAGAAGAACGAUAAACCUCUCCCACCUUCCCUGUCCCGCCCCAACACCUUCCUCCGGGGCAGCAGCAGUAAGGAGCUGCUACUCGACAAUCUGGCACAGGAGGAGCAGAGGAGAGAGAUGCUGGAGACGGUGAAGCAGCUGACAGGCGGCAUGGAGACGGACAGGAACAGCACAGAGGCAGAGAGGAGCAAAGUCAAGGAGUCUGCCAAGCCAGAAGCUCCCCCAGCUCCAGUUCAAGAGAAGCCUUCGUUAUCAGAAGAGGAAAUUGAGAGAAAAUGCAAAUCUAUUGUUGAUGAGUUCUUGCAUAUUAAUGAUUUUAAGGAAGCAAUGCAGUGUGUGGAGGAGCUGAGCGCCCAGAGCCUGCUGCCGGUGUUUGUGCGAGUGGGAGUGGAGUCAACGCUGGAGAGGAGUCAGAUCACCAGGGAUCACAUGGGCCAGUUAUUACAUCAGUUGGUGCAGUCAGGAAAGCUGAGCAAGCAGGACUUCUUCAAGGGGUUUUCAGAUACCUUGGAGAUGGCAGAUGAUAUGGCCAUAGAUAUACCCCAUAUUUGGUUGUACCUAGCUGAGCUGGUGACCCCCAUGUUAAAAGAAGGAGGAAUCUCUAUGAGAGAACUUAUACAAGAAUUUAGCAAACCUUUACUUCCUGUGGGAAGAGCCGGGGUCUUGCUUGCUGAAAUCUUGCACCUUCUAUGCAAACAAAUGAGCCAUAAGAAAGUGGGAGCCUUAUGGAGGGAGACUGGCUUCAGUUGGAAGGACUACUUACCUGAAGGGGAGGAUGUACAUACCUUUCUCAUGGAACAAAAGUUGGAGUUCACGGAGUCUGACUGUUCCAGUUCCUCAGAAGCACUUUCAGAGAAAGAACUCUCUGCAGAAGAGCUGAACAAGCAGCUAGAAAAACUCAUUGUUGAGGAAAAGGCGAAUGAUGAACAAAUCUUUGACUGGGUAGAGGCUAAUCUAGAUGAAAGCCAGAUGAGUUCACCUACAUUCCUUAGAGCUUUAAUGACAGCAGUCUGUAAAGCAGCUAUUAUAGCGGACUCCUCUAGCUUCCGUGUGGACACUGCUGUUAUCAAACAGAGAGUGCCGAUCUUACUCAAGUACCUAGACUCAGACACAGAGAAGGAACUACAAGCACUUUAUGCACUACAAGCAUCAAUAGUAAAACUUGAUCAGCCUCCCAAUUUGUUGCGGAUGUUUUUCGAUUGCCUGUAUGACGAGGAGGUAAUAUCAGAGGAUGCCUUCUACAAGUGGGAAAGCAGCAAGGACCCAGCAGAGCAGAACGGGAAAGGAGUAGCGCUGAAAUCUGUCACAGCAUUCUUCACAUGGCUACGGGAGGCCGAAGAGGAGUCGGAGGAUAAUUAAAACUUAAAAUACAGGAAAAAAAAACAAAAACAAAAACACACACAAAAAAACAAUUUAAGUAUUUUUUUAAAAAGUUUCACGUCUUCGCCAAUCACAGUGCAGCAAGGCCAAUUCUCGCGCAGACCCCCUUCCCCCACACAUGCACGAGUGGGAGAGGUAACAAAUAGAUAAACACAAAGGUGAUCAUGGAGGAAAAAAAGGUACUUGAAAAAACAGUAAACUUCAAACCUGGCGGGAGCACUAAACCAAAAUACAUGUAUUAUUUAUAGAAAAUAUUUUCUGUUUUAAUCUUUUUUUUUUCUUUUCUUUUUAAACGAGGACUCAAAUACACAAAGCAAAACAAACCUGUUUAGCAAAAAAAAAAGUUUAAAACUUUUAAUUUAUUAUUUUAAGGACUGCAAAUGCCAGUGUAAUUUUUAAAUUUGCAGUUUCUGUAAACAAAUUGUAUAAUAGAACAAAAGCAGAGAAAUAAAUUUCCCUCCCCUUCGUAUGCACCUCAGUUUUGUUUCAAGGCAUGAUAAAUAGACAAAACUUUUCAAGGGGGUUGGGGUAAGCUAGAUGAGGAAGAGAUCCAUUUUUUUUUUUAAAUUGUCAUCAGAUUUUUCUGCCUGCCUCUCAGCUUGCUUCAGAAAUGUAACUGAACGUAGUACAUAACCUUGGAUCGGAAGGAAGUGAAUUUGAGAAAACGGCUGCGGACCAGAGUGCUCCAAAAAUAACUCAUUCAAAACAGUGCUACCCUGGGGAAAAAAAAAGUACUAGUGAUACUUUCAGAACCUUUAGAGCAACUUUAAGGCUUGUAAAUACAUAGAACAAAUAUUUAAAAAAAA